AUGGCAGAAGGAAACAGGGAGGCCGAAGAAGCUGACCUUUCGUCGCCUGAUUAUGGAGGCGAUGAAGAACCAAAGGUAGGCACUGUGACAGCCGUGGCAGCUGGCAGCAAGCGACAGGAAGAAAAGGAGACAGGCAAAGUUCCACCUGGUGAAGACGGUGCGGAAGACAAGGACGAGGACCGAGAUAGGUUCUGGCUGCCUGAGAGGGUGAAGAACGCCUUGCAGAAGAGCCGCAACUUUGAUGAGUUCCGGAAAGCCAGACCGUUCAGGCUGGAGACGUAUGUGGAAGCCUUAGAUCGAAAAAAGGACACAGAGAUCAACCUGGCGGACCCCAAGGUUUAUGACGAGAUUGACAGAUCAGUAGAAGAAGGUGAAUGGGAUGGGUUUCAUAGUGGAUUCCCCUGCGCUUCCUUCUCGCGAGUGAGGUGGCGAGACUCGCCGGGCGGCCCUAUGCCUGUUAGGAGUGCUGCUCACAUAUAUGGGCUGCCGGGCAACACACCAAGCCAACAGAAAGAGGCAGACGAGGGCACCCUGAUGGCUACACGCUCAGCAUGGUUGCACAAGAAGCAGGUGAUGGCAUGCCAGAAGCGGGGGGUUCCAGAGGUGUCCACACUGGAAAACCCGCCGGGGGCGAAAGACUCCGGUUCGGCAUGGGACUUACUUGAACUGCUGCAGGUGGUGCAAGAGACAAAGUCUUCCACGGUGGAGUUCAACACCUGCGCAUACCAAACGAAGCUUCGAAAGAGGUGGUUCAAACCGGCCAGGUGGACGGGAAAGCUGGAGACCCUUGGCAGCCUUGCGAAGGUUUGCAAAUGUCCGGCAUGGGUGGAGCAUGUGCCGUUGAUGGGAAAGCAGAAGACCGAAGCGGCAGGGGCCUAUCCGGAAGAGCUGACGGACGCAGUGGCCAAGAAGAUCGUGGAGACUUGGAAGAGGGUUUUGAACUUGGAGUGGUUGAGAUAUCAGUUCAAGAUGAAAUCCAACCUCAUCAACAAACUUCAAAUCCAAUGGCUUGAGAACGAGGAGAAGAGGCGGAAGCGGGUCUAUGAAGACAGCACGCCGGAGAACCAGCAGGCUUUGUCAUCGGAGCCAAAGAAAGCCAGGACAGAGGUAAAGAUGCUCGAGGCCAAUGACAAUGAAGAAGAAGCGUUGCCAUCCUCGUCAACAGGGCCAUCAAGAAAGAGGAUCAGAGAAGAUCAGAAUGACCACGCAAUUGGAGGGAUGCGCAACCCCUCCAUAGCGGUGUCGAGACUGCACCAAGUCCAGAGAGUGGGACAACAGAUCAGUGACGCUUGGGCAGUGUUUGCAGGAGAUCAUCCUGAGGUACUGGACGCGGCCAAGAACUAUGGAUCAAGGGAGGCAAAGAUCAACAUGGAGCUCCUGGAUGCCUGGAGAAACAGACUCCAAGAGUUUCUGGAGGUAAAGCUCAUGGACGGCAUAACGCUGAAGGAGGAGGUCGAGUUUGCCUCCCCACUCAAUGCGGCGUUGUGGGACGCUUGGAGAGUGGCGUCCAGAGACCCGGAACAAUACAUCGGGCAGUGGGCCAGAGAAGGGGUCCCACUUGGCAUGGACAUGGAAGUGCCUGCGUCGGGCAUAUACCCCACAGUGGACCCACAGGAACCUUUGGAGACAAAGAUGGACAUGGCAGAGUUGAAGAACUUGCGCAACUACGAGUCCGUCGAAACGCAGAAGGAAGAAGCCUCCAUUGAGGUGGACAGAUAUUUAAAGAAGGGCUUCUGUCGAGUCCUUUCAUGGGAGGAACUUCACGAAAGGUUCCCCGAGGGCACUGCAAGUCGACUGGCACUCAUAAUGAAGCAGAAGCCAGAUGGAAGCACCAAAAGGCGCAUUGUCAUUGACAUGAAAAGAAGCAGGGGCAAUGACAGAGCGAACAUCAAAGAAAGGAUAGUGCUACCUCGAGCGCAGGACAUCGUGGAGAGCCUGCGCGUGAUGAGGUCUCGUGAAAGAGAACUAAGAGGGCGAGACUCGGAGAGAUCCAUUCUGAAGAGCUCAAGGGCUUUCCAAGACACCGAGGUGGAGUUCUGUCCGUUGGACCUGCAGGAUGCGUUCUGCCACUUUGGGGUCCACCCGACGGAGCUCAAACACUGUGUGAGCCCGGGCCUGGAGAGCGGCACAGGCAUCCUGUGGGUGGCCAUGCUGUUUGGCUUCAAGGGGGCCCCAUUCAUAAUGGGCAGACUUAGCGCAGCCAUUGGGCGGCUAGUACAAUCAAUGUUUCACCCAGCAGCAGCUCAGACCCAAGUGUAUAUUGAUGAUGUGGCCCUCAUUUUGAGGGGGUCACAGCAGUGCCGAGACCUGAACUUGGCCAAGGUGCUGUAUGUCCUUGCGGCCUUCGGCGUGCAAGUUGCAAUGGAGAAGGGAGAAAGAGGUCGCCGCGUACAAUGGAUUGGGACGACAUUCGAACUGAUCCCAAACUAUGUUGUCUUGGGGGCACCGGAGAAAAUGAUUGGAGAAGUGAAAGACACAUUGGACUCCUGGGCCAAGAAAGGGAUGAUACCCACGAAGGAACUGAGAUCCUUCCUAGGGAAACUGGCGUGGAUCGCAGGAAUCAUCCCGAGGCUGAGGUGGACGGUGACCGCAAUGUACGCCGUGCUCACGAAAGUGCUCAACGAAGAAGACAAGGAGCAUGAGCGAGCACAACAGAGGAAAGGGGACCGGAGACCGAAGGUAGGGCUGGUGGCGGUCAAACGACUAGGCACUACAGUGCCAUGGCUUCAAGCAGCUUUCGCGACACCGGAGUCCAUGGUGAUCCGUCAGGAACCUUUGGAGAAGCUCGAACCGGUGUGGGGGGUAGUGACUGACGCCUCUCCUAAAGGGAUAGGCGGCCUACUUAUCCACCGAGUCGGGCAAUCAUGGCACAUCGUGGAGGCCUUUGAAGCUCCAGUGCAGAGCCACCAGGCCGUAUCUUUGGACAUCGAGUUUCAACAAGCGUCUGGACAAGCAGUCUUGGAGGCCGUGGCCAUGCUGCGGGCGCUCCAAAUGUGGAGCACAAAAGUGCAAAAGGGGGCCUUGGUCAUCCGAUCAGACAGCAGUGUGGCCUUGGCAAUCACGAAGAAGCUGUCGUCCCCAACGAAGACGCUGAACUAUAUAGCAGCCGAGAUAUCCUUGCUCCUGGAGAAGGCCUGCAUCAGCCGCUUAGUUCCCCAGCACAUCCCGGGGACGUUGAACAAGGAAGCUGACUGGCUUUCACGCUUGGGAGACAGAGGUGCCAUCCCAGCGGCACUGGUGGGCAUCAAGCUCCGACGAACCACGGCGCUGUCAGAGAGGCAAUUGGCCAUGAAACCACCAGGGCAAGAAGGCAGUCCCUGGCAUGCUGCACUUCCACAUCCAAGCGGGGUGUAUGACAGCCUGUAA